GAAGGAUGUGGGAGGCGAGUUGAUGAUAUAAACACUGGUUUCGCUUUAUUGAAAAUCUAUAAUGAGUGCACCGCAGGGUGUACGACCAGUUGAGAAUUAUACGUGACAAGUAAUUUUGUACCUGAGAGCUAUAGGACGUUUAUUAAAUGUACAGGAGGUAUCACGCAGCAGCGAUGCUGCGAAUUAUGCGAGACAAGUUUGCUGCGUUGUUGCGUUUUUCCCUCGUGGAACCGUACUCUGCGACGUUUAUUGUUUCGAUAAGUAAUUCGAGUUUCAUGAAUUUUGUUUUGUUCUUUCGUCAUAUUUCGCGGAAUCGAAGUUCGUCAUUAUUCACUUUGUUAUUAUUAUUACUUAUACGAGUAUUGUGUUUCGAGUGCGCGAGGGCUCCAUUUUUUGAUCUUCGUUGACACGAAGGCAAUUUAUUAACGACUGGUGCGUCGAGUAUUUUUCGUGAAAGCCUUCUUUUUACAGGUUACUUAGGACGCGCUUUUAUUAAUAAUUAAUUAAGGUGAAAGAAUGAAAACUUUUACUUGGUAAGAUUGCUCACGGCGUGCGCUCUAUUGCCAUUGGACGUUAAUCUUUAAAUACCUGAUGUUUUGUCGGGGACAAAAGAAAUAAUGAAUAGUUACGCGAAAUGCUCACGUGUGUCAUUAUACUUACUUGUUAGGUAUCGAUGUGAACAGAGCUGUAUUAGACGAUUUGAAUGCGCAAGAUGGUCGCCAUGCCACUGGCGCCACCUGCGUGAAGUGCACCGCCUUUUGCGCUAUCACAUGUUUACCUAUUCGGGAACCGAAUUGGAAUUGGAAAUUUAUUUAAAGGUACGAGAGAUGUAUUUGAUGAAAGUGCGAAUAGUUAUUAAAUGCUGAUCGAAAGAAGGGUGGGGAAAAAAGAAAAAGGAAUUUUCUGCGAGUCCAAUUCUACAUGAUUCGUGACCAUAGUUCUCAGGUGCAGAACUGUAUCAUAAUGGAGAUAAACAAAAAAGGAUGAAGGAGGAAAGCAAAGUAUAAAUAUUACUAGGUACUUAUUAAAUAUUCUAAGAAUAGACAGUAUUUCAAGAAUAGGAUAUUCCACAAGGCGAUACUAUUUAUUAAUUUACAAAUGAACCGACAAAGAGUAAAUGAGAUCGUUAUAGACUUAAAAUUAGAGGUGAACUGUUCGCAUUGUUGAAAACGAUAUGCAGCGUUUUGAGGCUGAGAUUUGUAUUGGAAACUUGUAUGUUUGCGAUUACUUCGCCGACCUAUGACGCGAACGUUUUUUUGUUCGUAUAUAUUUAAAUAUUCUUGCGAGACGAUUAAGAAAUUUUUAUUUUUUCCUAAAUUUAUCGCUUCGCGGGAAAACUUGAAAUUUUCAACUAAUCGAACUAUCAUAGUCACGCGAUACAAUUUUUCUUUUGGAAUCAUUUCGUUCUAUGUGUCUGGCACUUAUUUUUACUGCAGGUCGAAUCAAUAUUUAAAAAUCCUUUUAACGAAACAAAUCGUCACGGAGCACUGUGAUAGGUGUGCGUAGAGUAUGUUUUAUUGAGACACUGUUAAAAAGUGCUACGAUUAAUAAGGAUUAUACGUGAAACUUAAGAGUAAUGAAACGAUUGUUUGCGAUUAAGAGAAAAUACGUGAACAUGGAGAAAAAACCGCAACAACUUCUGACGUGUCAAUUCCCACUGGUCGGCGGAUAUUUACUCCUACAGUAUAUUACAAUUUUGAGACGGAACGUGAUUCGUACGAAAUGUCGAUCGAUCGGCCAUGUUGAACGGAACUAAAACCGAUCUUUGCGAUUAUUUAAAGUUCCUGCCUCAUCUGCGCGCAAAGCGAGACAGUAUGCUAUGGGAGAUUUCAUUUAUUCGAAAUUUCGGAAUUAUUUGAAAGUUGCAUAUGCGAAACUCAUAUUGCGUAUGAAUAAUGGUGGGAGCUAAAGUAGAAAACGGAAAGCAAAGAAGAACUGCUCUAUGUUUGGUUACCGAUUUCAUACAUGGUCGAUGUUGUUUGGCUCAUAGUCUCGGGGUAACGAGACACAAUGAAAAUAAAAAAAAUUAGUGCAUUCAUUUUGGCAACAUUUUUGUACGAAAUCUUUUGGCGCAGCAGAGGGCUUCGCUAUGUCGCGUCGAAUCCAUAUUGUAUUUCUCAGCGCAUUUUUUCUUUUAUCAUUUUUUCUCACUUUUUAUUUAUUUAUCAACGUGUACAUUCUUUGUAUCUGUAAAUGAAGAAAUUUCAUUGUUAUUAAUGUGAGUCGUUCUUCCGCUUCUAUUCCUGUCCAUGGAUUUUGUUACCAAUGACUCUGCCAACCUGAUGGCAUCAAUUGAAUUUCAUUGACGUCAACAUUUGGCAAAUGCGGAAAACGAGAAUGCAUUGGAGGAUCUCUAUUGUUUUGUUUUACGUGUAUUAAAUUUGGUGCGCGAUCUUUGGCAUUCUUUGAAAAAUCGUCAGUUAAUCGAUACAACGGAUUGAAUUCAUAUUACGCAAUGGUAAAAAAACUACAAAUUGUACGUGUCGACGCGGACGCCGUGACAAAGGCCGAUCUACACGUUGGAAAUAAUAUAAUUGGAUCUGAUAGCUCUUCGGCUGGAAUUAAAAGUACUAUACCCAAGCAAGCUGUCACUAUAAAUUUAUCACCAAGUGGCGAACUGACUAUAACUCCGGUAUGUUUACAGCGGCAUCAAGUAGCAUUCUGUUACAUGAGACCAGUUGGUUCCACCAAAUGGACAGUCCUAAAAGUUGGUGAUACAGUGCCCAUUUAUCCUGGAGACUUGUUUUCAUUAUUACACAAGAAAUGUUCCUUUAAGAUAAUUUCUACAGAUGAUACAAUGGGUGACAGCAAUUUAGAGACAAGAAGAGAAGCUGAUGAAAGGAUAGAUAAGGAGCCUCCUGCUAAGAAACUGUGUUUGGAAACAAGUGUCGAGGAUAUAAUGCUGCCAAACAACAAUAUGAAGGACACUUCAAGCAGUAUUGAAGUCGAUCCAACUAUAGAGGAAGCAAACACAUUGCAUUUGGAAGGUGAAACCAACAGGAAGAAGUUAGAAGAUGAUCCAUUUUUUAAAGAUAUCUAUGGUGCCAGUUUUCAGGAGGCACCACAAUUGUUAUCAGCCCUAUCAGAUGCUCAGUCUACGAGCCCUAAAGUGUCCCCUGUACUGUGUGAGAUAACGUCGUCCACAUUGGAGGACCAGAAUACAGAAGAAGUGAAUGAGACCACGACGACAGCUGUCGAGGAUGCUAAUAAGAAAAUAAAGUGGGAUUGUGGACGACACUUUAGCGAUCAGAGUGAUCAGGCAAUCGUGAGUGAAGUAAGAGGAACGGACGUAGAAUCGAGCGCUGAGGACUCUAGGAACGCGAUGCAGCAGAAUUCUGAAACUACACAACCAGCAAGAAGAGAUAAGUGUGCUUAUGGAACUAGUUGUUAUAGGAAGAAUGCAUUCCAUAAGGCUGAAUUUAGCCAUCCUGGUGAUAGUGACUAUGACACUCCCGAUGACAGAGCCGAAUGCCCAUAUGGGAUUAAAUGUUACCGAAAGAAUCCGCAGCAUAAAUUGGAGUUUAAACAUACCACUAUAACAAGAGGAAGGGCGCAGACUCCAUUAGGAACAGAAACAUCUGAUGCAGGUUCGGAGGUUGAGGAACUAUCAUUCGAAGAUUCAGCAGAAGAGUCUGUUGAUGAGUCUGAAUACAACCCUUCAUGUUGUUCAGAAAGUUCAGAGGAAACGUGAAGUUGGAAAGGAAAGAGAAACAUUGAGUAAGAAUCAGUGACUGAGAGUUGUGGAAUUUUCUAAAUACGUGUAGCAUCACUGACGUAUGUAACUUGUAUGUAUGAAUUUUUCUCCUUUGGUAGUAAACGUUUAUUUUUGUUAUUAA